ACCUUCAGCCAUUUUGAAGAUGUUGGGUGCUGUCGGACGCUGUUGCACUGGGGCGCUGCAGGCGCUGAAGCCUGGUGUAAACCCAUUGAAAGUCUUUAGUGGAACUCCGGCUGCUCUUUAUUCCUGCAGGAACUAUGCUGCUGCCGCUGCUCCAUCAGCUAAGCCUGCAGCUGCCAACGGCCGCAUUGUUGCGGUCAUCGGCGCUGUUGUGGAUGUACAGUUUGAUGAGGGUCUCCCACCUAUCCUUAAUGCACUGGAAGUUGCUGGCCGUGAGACCAGACUGGUGCUGGAGGUUGCACAGCAUCUUGGGGAGAACACAGUGCGUACUAUUGCCAUGGAUGGUACUGAAGGUCUGGUGCGUGGGCAGAAAGUCAUUGAUACAGGUGCCCCCAUCAGAAUUCCUGUUGGCCCAGAGACCCUGGGUAGGAUCAUGAAUGUCAUUGGGGAACCUAUUGAUGAAAGAGGACCAAUCACAACCAAACUGACUGCUGCAAUCCAUGCUGAAGCCCCUGAGUUCACAGACAUGAGCGUGGAGCAAGAAAUUCUGGUGACUGGUAUCAAGGUGGUGGACUUGCUUGCUCCUUAUGCAAAGGGUGGCAAGAUUGGUUUGUUUGGUGGUGCUGGUGUGGGCAAGACUGUACUUAUCAUGGAGCUGAUCAACAAUGUUGCCAAAGCCCAUGGUGGAUACUCAGUGUUUGCUGGAGUGGGCGAGCGUACCCGUGAGGGAAAUGACUUGUAUCAUGAAAUGAUCGAGUCUGGUGUCAUCAACCUGAAGGACAACACUUCUAAGGUAGCACUGGUGUAUGGUCAAAUGAAUGAGCCCCCAGGUGCCCGUGCUAGAGUUGCUUUGACUGGUCUUACUGUUGCUGAGUAUUUCCGAGAUCAAGAAGGACAAGAUGUGCUGCUGUUUAUUGACAACAUCUUCAGGUUCACCCAAGCUGGGUCAGAGGUGUCUGCCCUGUUGGGUCGUAUUCCCUCUGCUGUGGGCUACCAGCCUACUCUUGCUACUGACAUGGGUACCAUGCAGGAGAGAAUCACCACCACCAAGAAGGGUUCCAUCACUUCAGUGCAGGCUAUCUAUGUACCUGCUGAUGACUUGACUGACCCUGCUCCAGCCACCACAUUUGCCCACUUGGAUGCCACCACUGUGCUCUCUCGUGCUAUUGCGGAGCUUGGCAUCUACCCUGCUGUGGAUCCACUGGAUUCCACCUCCCGCAUAAUGGACCCUAACAUUGUUGGCGCUGAGCACUAUGAUGUUGCUCGUGGUGUACAGAAGAUCCUCCAAGAUUACAAAUCUCUUCAGGAUAUUAUUGCUAUCCUGGGUAUGGAUGAGCUUUCUGAGGAGGACAAAUUGACUGUUGCCCGUGCUCGUAAGAUCCAACGUUUCCUUUCCCAGCCAUUCCAGGUGGCUGAAGUGUUCACUGGUCACUUGGGCAAACUGGUCCCACUCAAAGAUACCAUAAAAGGGUUCAAGAGCAUCCUAGGAGGUGAAUAUGAUGCGCUUCCUGAACAGGCUUUUUACAUGGUUGGUCCCAUAGAAGAAGUUGUCCAGAAGGCUGAGAAACUGGCUGAAGAGCAUUCAUAACUUUUUGAUGUGAAGGGAAGGUUUUAUGAUCAGAGCACUUGGUUUAUAAUCAAAACCAUCAGUCUUGUCAUGUUCUAUUGAAUGUUCCCAUUUUCAUGGGAAUAUGGAUGGAAUGCAAAAUAAAGUGAUCCUUCUCUGAAUUAAAGAUGUUUUGUGAACAUGUGCUCAGGCAUUUUACCUUUCAUAGCUCAAAGUUAGGUCUUUGAAAUUGCCAUCUGCUAAUAUGUGAGCACAAGUGUAAUGAAUACUUCAGAAAUAUUUUAGAGCAUUGACUGCAGACUGUAAUCAAUAUUUGGAAGCUGGUGAAUUGUUCCUGUGGAAUUCAGAGUGAAAAUACAUCUUACCUCACCUCUC